GAUGGUGCACCUCGAUCCGUUGCGGUUUUGUCGCAAGAAGCGCAAAAUUCCUCAAGGGGGCGCGAUACUGGACCAAGUUAUAUCACAGUCCGCAUCGGCCUCCAACCAGUGUCUGCUCUACAAGAUGGCCAACUACAAGCGCGGCGGUGAUCUGAUCGAUGCAUUUCAGAUCGGUGGCCAGAAAGCAGUGGAGCAGCUGAUUCGCGAACAGUUCGGUGUGUUCAUGUACAACAAGGGCCGUGGUCAGAUCAUAAACCGGGCGGAAUAUUUACGCUGGAAGUAUAUGGAUAACCAUGAGGUCAUCAUACCGAUAGAGGCUUCACUUUCACCCCAUGAUCCGCUUAGCAAGUGGGUGGACCAUAAAGCCUGUUGGCAGAUGCAGUACCGUGGCCUGUUGGGCGAAAGCCUGCUGCACGUGCUGAUUAUUUGCGACACGAAAAUUCACACCAAGCUCGCACGAAUUUUGCUGCGAGUCUUUCCCGAACAGGCUAUCGAUGUGAUGGAGGGCGAAGAGUAUCUUGGCGCAAGUGCCCUACAUCUAGCGAUAGCGUACAGCAACAACGAACUGGUGGGUGAUCUGAUAGACGCUGGUGCGGACGUUUCGCAGCGUGCGACGGGCAGAUUCUUUCUGCCACGCGACCAGCAAGGACUGCGUCCGGUCAAGACGACCGACUACGAAGGGUUGGCCUAUCUCGGCGAGUAUCCACUCGCCUGGGCAGCCUGCUGCGCGAACGAGUCGGUUUACAAUCUGCUGCUAGAGUGUGGCGCAGAUCCUAACGCACAGGAUAGCUUCGGUAACAUGAUACUGCACAUGGUGGUGGUGUGCGACAAGCUGGAUAUGUUCGGGUACGCUUUACGCCAUCCGAAGCUGCCGUGCAAAAAUGGCAUCGUCAAUGCGGCCGGUCUCACACCACUGACGCUAGCCUGCCGGCUCGGUCGAGAUGAAGUGUUUCGCGAGAUGUUGGAACUGUCGGCGCGAGAGUUCUGGCGCUACAGUAACCUUACCUGCUCCGGCUACCCAUUGAACGCGCUCGAUACGCUCAUGCCGGACGGUAGCACCAACUGGAAUUCGGCCCUGUUCAUCAUCCUGAACGGUACGAAGGAGGAGCAUCUCAACAUGCUUGAUGGCGGUAUCGUCGAGCGUCUGCUGGAUGAAAAGUGGAAAACGUUCGCGCGCAAUCAGUUCAUCAAGCGACUGCUGAUCCUUGCCAUUCACCUGUUCUGUCUAUCCUGCUCGGUCUAUCUACGACCCGUGCGUGUGUUCACCGAUGAUGAUGAUGAGGACGGUGCGGAAUCGAUGAAGGCAGGCGAUUUAUCGGUAAACGACGGCUCGGAUGCUGGUGAUCUAACGACAGACUCGGCUGAUGAUGAGGUUAUCGAUUUUAGUACCUGGGUUCGGUACGGGUUUGAAGUGGCCACCGUGAUGGGCGUGCUGAGCUACGUCGUACUACAGCAGGGUGACGAAAUUAAAAACCAGGGUCUAUUCUCAUUCCUCAAGUCAUUGAGUCAAGCACCGGCAAAAGCGAUUUUCCUAAUAUCCAACAUCUUGAUUCUGGCCUGCAUUCCUCUACGGAUGAUGGGUGACACGGAGACCGAGGAAGCAAUUUUGCUGUUUGCAGUCCCAGGCAGCUGGUUUCUGCUAAUGUUCUUUGCCGGAGCCAUUGGACUGACCGGUCCGUUUGUGACGAUGAUCUUCUCCAUGAUUACGGGCGACAUGUUUACGUUUGGUAUCAUCUACAUGAUCGUGCUAUUUGGGUUCUCACAAGCAUUUUACUUCCUUUACAAAGGCCAUCCUAAUGCGGAGGAUAGCCCGUUCGGCAGUUACUUCGGCACCUGGAUGGCACUGUUUCAGACCACACUUGGUGAUUAUGACUAUGCCGACCUAAACCUUACUACCUACCCGAACCUAGCAAAGACGGUGUUUGUGAUCUUCAUGAUCUUCGUGCCGAUCCUGCUGCUUAACAUGUUGAUCGCUAUGAUGGGCAACACCUACGCGUACGUUAUCGAGCAGGCAGAGAAGGAGGGCAUGAAGCAGUGGGCCAAAAUCGUAGUUAAUCUGGAGCGUGCCGUUACGCAGGACGAUGCCAAGCGCUACUUGGAGGAGUACUCGAUCGGGCUCGGACCCUCCGACGAUCCGCGGUACGAAACGCGCGGCGUGAUGGUGAUCAAGAGCAAAAGCAAGACGCGUGCCCGCCAGCGCAAGGGUGCGGUCAGCAACUGGAAAAGUGUGCUGCGUGUAACGCUGAACGAGUUGAAAAAGCGUGGCAUGACCGGGGAGGAACUUCGCCGUAUUAUGUGGGGCCGUUCGUCCAUCACAUCGCCAGCAAAGAUUGCAAAGAAAAAGCGGCCGGGCGAGGUUGAUGAUUUGUUGGGCGAUCCGUUCGCGAUUACAGCCGCCAUUGACGUAAUGUCAUUCACGCAGGACAUCGUUAUGGUAAGCACGGACACGGUAUGCCCCCUAAUGCCACCGACAAUGGCGCCAGCAACGAAACCGCACGUUACUACAGUGCCGCCUGGUGCCACGGUUACCCCGUCCAAUGUAAGGCCGUUGGUACCGGGUGCGGUUCAACCUCCGCCACCACCAGCACCACCAACUCAACGGCAGCAACCGACGAGGCGUCACUCAACGGCAAGUGCACCGGCAACGAUCAAUCUCGGGACGGAGGAAAAAUUGGACUAUAAAGAUCCAUUACGCGAGCUGGUCAUUAUUUCUGAGUCGGCCUCGGUUGACGAGAACUAUGCACAAAACGUGAAGACGCUCGCCAUCGAUGCCUCAACGUUGGAUCACGUGCACGAGAUCGACAUCAGUGCAAUGCCGUCUCCUGGCCAAUCCUAUCGGCGCGAGCCAGGCCCUCAACAGCAACAGCAGCAACAGCAACUAUCCUCACAGCAGCAACCCGGUAUAGGAACACAGCAGCAGCAGCACCAACAGCAACAGCAGCAGAAUCUGGGUCAGCUAACACUUUUCCAGAAUCCCAAGGACGUUGUCGAUCCAGUUCGCGAGAGAGAAUUUCUUAAAACUCUCGAAGCGCUCGAAGACACCGACAGUGAGGCAGGCGAAAAGCCGGUUCUAGGAAAGAUAUCACUUAUCCGGCGCGCUAAAUCGGCCGUAUCUCGUAGCACCUCGCGCAAACGCAAAACCGACCAGCACCCACUGUUCAUGAUCGCUUGGGAAGAUAAAGGUGAUAAGGGACGCCCGGGCGAACAGUUUCCCGGUCUUGUAGGCCAGCCAGAAGAUCUACUCUACGCUCACCAUCCCGUAUCGGCUACACACGGCGGUACGUCUGGUACGGUCGCACCCGGCGAAGCACCGGAACAGGAUGCCGUCACGGUGGAGGAGCUACAUCGGCGCAUGGAGCAGUUUCAUCAGCGCAGCCGCGGUUCCUCGGUUCGUGAGCGGGACGCGAACUCCAGCGAAAGCAGCAGCAAACAGCAUCCGAAGGCACGGAAACCAUCGCACCACCGGGACCAUGGGCAUCACGGAUUGGGCCGGGGCAAGCACAAUAAAAUAUCACCUGAUAACUCCAACGAGAGCACUGGUGGUGGGGGUGGUAGCAAUGGGAAGCAGGAUAAGCGCAUGAAGUCAGCUCCAAUAAUGGGCAGCGGCGGUGGUGGUGGUGGUGGUGGUGUUUCUGCGGGACGUACAGCCGCUGGAACCAAGCCCGACGAUGGUACAGGAUCACCACCUGAUCCGCUCGAACCGUGGAGUACAAAAAACAUCAUGAACAUUAACAAAUUAUUAGAUCAGGAUACGACCGAAGAGUAG